AUGUCCACAACACCAGAUUCUGACCCCACCACCACCGCCGCCCCGCCAGCGGUGACAACCAUCCCCCGCGUCGGCAUCGCCGUCCUCAUCUUCGGGCGCGCCAACCAAGUCCUGCUGGGCGAACGCAAAGGCAGCCACGGCGCCGGCACCUGGGCCCUGCCGGGGGGCCACCUGGAGCCCGGCGAGACGUGGGCCGCGUGCGCCGCCCGCGAGGUCCUCGAGGAGACCAACCUGGCCGUUUCGGGGCUCCGCUUCCUGACGGCCACCAACGACGUGAUGGCCGCCGAGAACAAGCACUACAUCACCAUCUACCUGGGGUGCACGCCGACGCGGCGCGAGGAUUGCAGGGCCCCGCCGCCCGUCAUGGAGCCCAACAAGUGCCGCGAGUGGCGCUGGGUGGAGUGGGAGGAGGUCACGCGGUGGAAUUCUGCUAAGAAUCCCGCUAGGCUGGGGCUCGAGCAUCCGUUGUUCUUGCCGCUCAUGAACCUCUUUCGGCAGCAGCAGUAUUGGUUGCCGUUGCAGGAGUAUCAGUUGUUGACUGGGUGGGAGGAGGAUCGCUAG